GGACCGAAGCUCACGUUGGGGUCAACUAUUUAGAGGAUGCGCUAGUAGUUUAAUCUAAAAUGUCCAGUUUCUCCAGAUCUGCACAGCAAUGGGCGACCUUUGCCCGUUCCUGGUUCCUGAUUGAUGCCAGGAUGCAGCCGCCUGGGAAGAUUGCAACUAUGUGUUCUAUUAGAUUACAGGGGAAACACAAACCUAUCUACCAUGCUCUGAGUGACUGUGGUGACCAUGUGGUGGUGAUAAACAGCAAACACAUAGCUUUCUCUGGGAACAAAUGGGAACAGAAAGUCUACUCAUCACACACGGGGUACCCUGGUGGAUUCAAACAAGUCACAGCUGCUCAGCUCCAUCAUAAGGACCCAAAAGCUAUCGUAAGGUUAGCAGUUUACGGCAUGCUGCCUCGGAACCUGCACCGGCGCACCAUGAUGCAGCGAUUACACAUCUUUCCUGAAGAUGAGCUGCCAUAUGACAUUCAAGCCAACCUGACAGAGGAGCUGCCUCAGCCCAGAGAAAUACCGAAGAAGCUCAGCGAGUACACUCGGGAGGAAAUCGAUGCCUUCCCCAGGCUGUGGACACCACCUGAAGACUACAAGAUGAAAUGAAGGCUGCCCAAUGAGACCGAGAAAUGGAGGGGG